AUGGACUCUCACGACGAGUCACUGUUUGGCUCUCCGCCCACUUCACCAAAGUCGCAAUCCUACUUUGCCGUCAGAGAUCCAACCCCUCUCUUUCUGCCCGGAAUGAGCUCCAGUCCCCUGCCGAACGCCAACAUCGCUCCUGCGCAGGCGCAGAGCGCAAUCUCGAAUUCACCACUGCCUCACUUGUCUCCGCAGGCCCUGAGUACUGAGAACAACGCCUCGGAGCUUAGUUACGGACCAAAGACACCAGCACAGAGACUUCCUUCUCAGGAAACCUCGCAGGCGUCUUCCUCCCAGAUGCCAUCCACAACUCGACAAGCUCCCUUGUCCGCCAUCAACCCUGGUGUGGCUGUUCGUCUUGUCCCUACCUUACCACACUCGGCAGGCCCUCAGGUAGAGGCUCCUCUGCUCACUUCGCCAUUUUCAAUAGGCCGCAGUACCUUGCCUCCUUUGCCCGAAUCGCUGCUGCUUUCGCCCUCACCGACUGCCUCGAACGAAAUCGGAACACCCUCACCCUCAGGCAAUGGAUCUUUGGCCCCGAAGAAGUGUUCCAAAUGCCUCAAAUUCAAGCCACAGUCGGAAUUUAUUUCCCUCACUCACAUGGGCCUGACCAAGCACCGAAGCCAAUGCGAUGCUUGUCGCAAGAAGAGAAGAGAGUUAUCGGCUCGAAAUAAGCGUCGAAAACGGCAGGCUGAAGCUGAGGAUGAACAAGAGCCGCAACAACAGCAGCAACUUCCACAAGUCGUUAUGGCGCAAAGUCCUCUUCCGGGCUCAAACAAAGACCAAUUGCCUCGAUCUUGCCAUCCAUCGGAGUCAUUGGACAGUUCUGGACAGGUCACUCAACCAAGCCUCUUGGGUCACGGCGUCGCAACGCAGAGCACCAUGCUUGGUUUCGGAUCUACUGUGCAGCCAUUGAGAGACCACGCAGUUCCUCCCCAGCCUUUGAUCACCACCCAGCAUGCUCCUAUCGAUUUGACGUCCCCGAUCACUACACCCUUCACGGACUGGUCCCGAGCCCAUGGAAUUGAAUAUGUGAACUUCAACACCUCCUUCAAUUCUCCCCAUUUCAGCAUGCUAACACAGAACCUCCAGGGCGUCGAUCUGGAUGCUGACAUGGCCUAUCAUGGCCCGCAGUCGUCCGAGCAUCUCCUGUCGCCAAGCUCAGUCCUCCCGCAGCAGACUGGCAAGAAUACAGGAGAUGCUAAUGCACAGGCGAACAACGAGGACCUCUACAACAUUGUGAGCGUCAAGAUGCUUAAGACUCCCUUGACAAAAGGUGACAAGACUUCGGUUCUCGACCACGAGAGACAAAAGUUUAAGGAAGCUCGCCACAAGUGCCAGUGGAUGAAGAUGCAGGACGAUAAGACUGUGCAAGCGUACUGGGAGAAGAGACACGCUUCGGUUGUCCUUGGGCUUCUCGAGGUGCCUCCGCCGGACCUGCAGCCCUUCAUUGGAUAUUCGUAUACUGAGGGCUCUCAUCAGAACCUUUCUGGAGCGUACCCGGAUGAUCACAAUUGGCACUGA